CGAAUGUUUGCAAGGCAGUGGCAUUGGCAUUAGUCAGACAUUUUACAAAUCGCCAAUAUCCGCAACUUUUGCCAGCGGCGUUCAGCGGCGCAGUUGGUGAAUUCAGCGGUCACCGCCCCGGUCCUCCAAGUGUGACUUCUUUGUAGAAAAAAAAGGAUAGCUGAUACAACGGCUCUUGUGUCCGAUGUAUAGUGCAGAAGUGGUGGACAAUUCCGUUGAUCCCCCAGCCAAGAAGCGGAAAGUUGCUUCAGCAGACUCCACUGCAGCGAAGUCCGUUUCAACGUCUCUCUCAGACAUGGCGAAAAAUGGAUCAUCGAGCUCCGGCCAGGAAAUUGACGAGGGUCUGUAUUCCCGGCAGCUGUAUGUCCUGGGCCACGAUGCUAUGCGCCGCAUGGCGAGCUCGGACGUCCUCAUCUCAGGGAUGGGUGGCCUGGGUGUGGAGGUAGCCAAGAAUGUCAUCCUCGGUGGAGUCAAGUCGGUCACUCUCCACGACGAUGCUGCGUGCUCCAUUGUGGAUUUGUCGUCCCAGUUCUACUUGUCGGAGGCUGACAUUGGCAAGAACCGUGCCGAAGCAUGCCACCAGCAGCUGUCAGAGCUCAACACCUAUGUGCCUACUGUCGCCUACACUGGUGCUCUCACCGAAGACUUCCUCAGCAAGUUCAAAGUGGUGGUGCUGACUCAGAGCUCACGGAGUGAGCAGCUUCGUAUUUCUGAGUUUACUCAUGCCAAUGACAUCGCGCUCAUCAUUGCCGACACCAGGGGAGUGUUUGCACAAAUCUUCUGCGACUUCGGACCCAACUUCACUGUCGUCGACACGACAGGUGAGAGCCCAGUCUCAGCGAUGAUUGCUAGUGUAUCACGUGAUGCUGAAGGUGUUGUGACAUGUCUGGACGACACUAGACAUGGUCUGGAAGAUGGUGACUAUGUUACUUUCUCUGAAGUUCAAGGCAUGACAGAACUAAAUGGCUGUGAGCCCAUGAAGAUCAAAGUUUUGGGCCCAUACACUUUCAGUAUUGGUGACACCAAGAACUUCUCAGAGUAUGUCCGUGGUGGUAUCGUUUCUCAAGUUAAGAUGCCCAAAUCUGUUAACUUCAAAUCUUUCAAGGAUGCCCUGAAGGAACCUGAAUUUGUCAUGACAGACUUUGGCAAAUUUGACUAUCCUGCUCAGCUUCAUGUGGCAUACACCACUCUGCACAAGUUUGAAGAACAGCAUGGAAGACUGCCCAACCCCUGGAAUAACGCAGAUGCCGAAGAGUUUGUCAAGCUGGCCGCUGACGGUGGAAGUGAUGCUGAACUGAACGCCGAUCUUCUCAGCAAGUUCGCUAAGGUGUGUAGGGGAAGCCUGAAUCCUUUGAACGCUACUAUUGGUGGUAUUGUGGCACAGGAAGUUAUGAAGGCAUGCAGUGGCAAGUUCCAUCCCAUUUACCAGUGGCUGUACUUCGAUGCCAUUGAGUGCAUUCCACCUGCAGGUGUUACUGAAGAUGACGCCAAGGCUAUUGGAAGCCGUUAUGAUGGACAGAUUAUGGUGUUUGGUCAACAGUUCCAGAAACAGCUUGGUUCCCUGAAGUAUUUCAUUGUUGGAGCAGGUGCUAUCGGUUGUGAACUUCUGAAGAACUUCGCCAUGAUUGGUGUAGGAGCUGAUGGCGGUCAAGUCACUGUCACUGACAUGGAUUUGAUUGAGAAGUCUAAUCUGAACCGUCAAUUCUUAUUCAGACCUCAUGAUGUUCAGAGGCCCAAGUCUGGUACCGCUGCCCGUGUUAUCAAACGGAUGAACCCCUCUAUGAAUGUUGUCGCACAUGAAAACAGAGUUGGCCCUGAAACAGAGAAGACCUAUGAUGAUGCAUUCUUUGAUAGUCUUGAUGGUGUGGCCAAUGCUUUGGACAAUGUUGAUGCCCGCAUCUACAUGGACAGGAGGUGUGUUUACUACCGUAAGCCGCUACUUGAAUCUGGCACUCUCGGCACCAAGGGAAACACCCAAGUUGUGGUGCCAUUCCUCACAGAAUCUUACAGCUCUUCUCAGGACCCACCAGAAAAGAGCAUUCCCAUUUGCACCUUGAAGAACUUCCCCAAUGCCAUUGAGCAUACUCUUCAGUGGGCUCGUGACAACUUUGAAGGCCUGUUCCGUCAAGCUGCUGAGAAUGCUGCUCAGUACGUCCAAGAUCCCAGCUUUGUUGAGCGUUCUCUCCGACUGCCCGGAGUUCAGCCUGUGGAAGUAUUGGAAAGUGUCAAGACAGCACUGGUCUCCGAUAGACCGAACUCCUUUGAAGACUGUGUUGCCUGGGCCCGCAACCAUUGGCAAGACCAAUACUGUAAUCAAAUUCGUCAGCUCCUCUUCAAUUUCCCACCGGACCAGAUCACCUCAAGUGGCCAGCCUUUCUGGUCAGGUCCGAAGCGCUGCCCUGUACCCCUGACUUUUGAUAUUAAUGACCCUCUUCACCUUGAUUAUGUCUGGGCUGCAGCUAAUCUGAAGGCGGAAGUUUAUGGAGUUCCUCAAGUCCGUGACAAAAGUGUUAUUGCACGCAUGGUGGCUAAUGUUGUUGUGCCGGAAUUCACUCCUAGGUCUGGCGUCACCAUUGCUGUCACUGACUCGCAGUUGCAGAUGUCAAAUGGCAACAUGGAUCAUGAUAUCGGAGCACUUCAGAAAGAGUUGCCUUCUCCUGAGGAACUGAAGAAUCUGCGUAUCACUCCUCUUGAGUUCGAAAAGGAUGAUGACACCAACCUUCACAUGGACUUCAUUGUUGCUGCAUCAAAUCUGCGAGCUGCCAAUUACAAAAUUCCUCCAGCUGACAGGCAUAAGAGCAAGCUGAUUGCUGGCAAGAUCAUCCCAGCUAUUGCUACUACAACCUCUGUUGUUGCUGGUCUGGUGUGUGUGGAACUGUACAAAUUAGCCCAAGGCUUCAAGGAAUUGACGCCAUUCAAGAAUGGAUUUGUCAAUUUGGCGUUACCUUUCUUUGGUUUCUCUGAGCCAAUUGCUGCUCCACUCAACAAGUACUACGAGAAGGAGUGGACCUUGUGGGACCGCUUUGAAGUGACCGGAGAGCUGACGCUGAAGGAGUUUAUUGACUAUUUCAAGGAGAAGCACCAACUUGAAAUCACCAUGCUGUCGCAGGGUGUGUGUAUGUUGUACUCAUUCUUCAUGCAGAAAGCCAAAUGUCAAGAGAGAAUGGGACUGCCAAUGUCUGAAGUAGUGAAGAAAGUUUCUAAGAAGAAGUUGGAGCCUCAUGUACGAGCUCUAGUCUUUGAACUUUGUUGCAAUGAUGCUGAAGGGAACGACGUGGAAGUGCCUUAUGUAAGGUACACUCUUCCUCGCUAAGCUGCAUUUUUCUGGUGCUGCUUGUUUUCUGCUCGCCUUUUGUGGGGACUUGACAUCUCUCUUUGAAGGACCAUGAAAUGUUUGAAGUGAAAAUUACAUCUUGCCACUCUCCAUUUGUAUCGCGAACUCUAAAUUUGGAACAAGUGUGUGUUUUCUUGUCCGUAUUCAUUGGACCACCCUAAUUAAAAUUACUGUAAAUGUAAAAUUCAUUUUCUGAGUCUCUGCCUUUGUUUUUCUAAUGAUUAUUCCUGAUUAAUGAUUCAUUUUUUUUAAAUUGGUGAUUGAACUAGUUCUGUUUUACUACUGGCCUGUUUGUAGUUUUUCCUUGAUUAUUAGAUGGUGAUGCAAAUUUGUUUUGGUCUUGAUUAAGCACUGUAUUACUUUUAGCUUUGGCUAGGAACCUUUGUACUCAACAUUUCCCGGUCAGUAAGAAUUCCUUAUUCUUGCGUGUUCUGCAACAUGUGGAUUAGUUGUGAUUUUUGAGGCUUAGGUGAUGUAAGUUAACUUAAUCAUUUUGCAGGGAGCUGUAUUUGUAAUUGAGAUUUGUGGGAAUAUAUUUUGCUGGGCAAAUUAUCUUAUCAGUCUUGGGGAGGGAAAUGUUAGCAAUAGGUUAGAAGUUUUGUAAGAUUUCAUGUUGGAGUCUUGUGGUUUUGUGAUGGAUGUCUGUGGAAUCGAAGAGAGAAAUGUGAUUUCUUUUGUGCUGUCUCAUCUUAUUUUAAUAUUUCUCAGUUAAUGAAAAUAAGAUCUCUAAACUUGCAAGCCUUGCUCUAAAAGAUCUAAGAGAGCUAUUUCGAUGUUUUUCCUUAUCAGAUAAUAUCAAUUGUUUUGGUCACUGGUUUGCUUCCCUUUGAGACUAAUCCUAAAUGUAAAUGCUGACAACAGCGCGUAUUGGACAAGAUAUUGUGAAAGCAUCUUGGUAAAGACUGUCCCCUCUAUUAUUUCAAAGUGAUUUUCAUUUAAAAGAGUGUAUACUAGAUAAUUUUAUUAUGUAUGUGAACUUGGAACAUCAGUUAAGAAAUAUUUGUUACUAAUACAGGUUUUUAUUUUAAUGUUAAUUUGCACCUAGGCUUGGUUUUCUGUUUUAAGUAAAUUAAAUUUUGUAAAGCUUGUACUUGAGUUUAUAUACAUGUCUACUGUGUAUUAAUGGUUAACGUGAUAUGACUUUGCAUUUGUGUACUAUCUCAACUAUUUUCAUUACUUUCCUGUUUUCCUUAAAUUAACAAUAAAAGAAGACUUAAGUAUCUCUGAA